CUUAACACUCUGCCGAACUCUGAGGCUCCACACUGUGCUGGAAGAAAGCCGUGAGAAAGACAAAAGCUCUCGACACACUCGCGCACUCACACACUCACACACACACAAACGCGUCCCUCUCACUGACCAGCUCUCUCACUAUGGAUGUCAAAGUGCUGGCGGUGAUGGUGUUGCUGACGGUGGCCGUGAGGAGCCCGGAGACUGAUGCUAAGCCCAUCAGUCUGGUGGAGAGGUGCUGGUGUCGCUCGACCCUCAACACUGUCCCGCAGAGGAGCAUCCGCGAGAUCAAGUUCCUGCAUACUCCCAACUGCCCCUUCCAAGUGAUUGCCAAGCUGAAGAACAACAGGGAGGUCUGCAUCAAUCCCAAGACCAAAUGGCUGCAGCAGUACCUGAAGAAUGCCAUUAGCAAGAUAAAGAAGUCAAGAAAGCGCGAUUAGAGGAACGGUGUGAGGAGAGUUGGAGAACUGGUGUGUGUCUCUGACCUCUACAGAGCGAUAAAUCACAAGAGCACCUUCCUUACACACACACACACACACACACACACACACACACACACUCUCUCUCUCUCUCUCCAGACUGCUUGCACAAACAGCACUUCUAAAACCGCCUUUAUUUCUGCACCCAGCCGGACUGCAGCUCCAUCAAAACACCAACAAAAUGCCUCACACACAUUCACACACACACUCACACACACACUCACAGCAGCACUGUGCUUGAGACGUCACACCAGUGCAGGUGUGAUGUUGAACUGAGUGAGAGGAUCAAUUGUGAUUGUAAGAGACUGAUUUCUCCUGUCUUUCCCACUUAAAAAGAGCAAAAUGUGUGUCAGAUUUGUGCCUUUGGAUUUGUAUAAGCUGUGAAAGGAAACUGUUGAAAUGUUGAGUUACAAGGAUAUAUAUAUAUAUAUAUAUAUAUAUAUAUAUAUAUAUAUAUAUAUAGGAAGAGGAAAGGAGAGAAAUGUAUGGAGAGAGUGACAGAGAGAGAGAAAGACAGAAAACAGAUGGUCUGAGAGGAAGCAAGGGAGAGACUCGAGUCUAGGGACUAAAAACACGUCCGCCUGCUAACAGAAGACGCAGCCGCUAUGCUAACAGAGCGACGGACGACCACGCACACCCACACGCUGUCCACGGCGGCUAAAAUACACUGUUAAAGGAACAGUUUGGCAAUUUACACAGAUUUAGCCCAAACAUGGUCACUCAGCCAAGACGUGUUCGGUGUCUGAAGUUUGCUUCUUUUGCAGCUGCAAGGCUAAUGUAGCUAACAUGUGUAUCUUAGCAAUUAGCAUUGUGCAAACUGCAGACCUACAUCCUCAAAAACAAACACUUGCUUACAUGGUGUCUCCAAAAUCUCUGCUUGCGUCUUGAAAAUGCCAAUUAGCUAUCCAGUAGCAUUGAACGAGACUCAUUUAAUACCCAACCCGAACCAGAAAUAGUGCUAAGUCAAAUGGAGCAGGUUGAAGAUCGGCAGAAGGGGUCGUUGCAAAAAUGACAAAAAAAAAGGAUUUAUACAUCUGCACAUCUUCAUCUUCUUCAUUUAUCACUCAUAUUUAUUAUUAAUUUCUCAUUUCUAAUUACAUCUUUAAUAGCAAACAUGGCUAGCUAGUAAUAAAAUAAAAACUGACGAAAGCUCUUCAGUGUGACAGCCUUGGAAGUCAAUAUGCCUAAAAACUAAUGCUUAAUCUAAUCCUAGUCUGCUGUACAAGAUUCUUGAGGCGAGGUCCGCUGGUUUGACCCCUAAAUUACCACAGAUAUACACUUUAAUGUAACAUUUAUAGCUUGUCUUAGCAUCCUUGAGCUUAUAUGCAGGAGUUUGUACAUUAGCUCACAGUAACCGGCCCAUGACCGGCCAAUGACCGGCGUAUGUAAACAUCUGACCAUGACCAGACAUUUGCCCUCAGACAAAUUCCACCAUCGAGAUGACCAUUACUGCUGUCUAGCUAUGCAGCGUAGUUUAGCCCAGCAUCAAAACUAAAGCAGCGACCUUCAAACACCAAAAGUAUCUUGGCUUAUUGACAUUUGUGGUGAAGGGGAAAUGACAUCAAUGUGACUUUUCACUGAAUUAUUCCUUUAAAACCCAAAGCUAGUCUGGCUUUUUAAAAAUUGAUCACAUCCAACUCUCUUUUCAGUCACUUUUGAAGUACUUUUAGAUGAGUGCCACUGGGGCUCAAGUUCUAGCUGUGAGAAAUGGACUCAUUUCGACAUUUAGAAGCCUGUAGAAGUUAGAAAUCUGUAGCAGGUUCUUUUUUCCUGCAACUUUUGGCUGAAAUAGGGCCAAGUUGCUGCUUUAAAGUGACAGUUUGGAGGAAAAGUUCCACAGUUUCACACCUCAGAUGUACUCAAUCAGCCAAAACACGCUUUUGGGGCUGGAAUUUGCCAGAGCUAAAACGCUAAAGUAGCUAACAAGUAAUUCAAGCCUUUGUAGCGCCUGUUAGCAUCGCACUUAAUCACCACAGAGCUUCCUCAGAAUGUGUUGAGAUAUUAACGACAAAUGGACUUGCUUAUGUGGUUUCUGGCACUGUAUGUUCCCUACAAAAAUCGAGAAAAGUACAUCACGUAGCUAAAAACAUUAGCAACGGCUUGAAACCUGAAUUUUGUCUGCCAUUUUUGUAGUUAACAUUAAGUCAUACCGUGCUAGAAACCACAAGCGUGUUCAGAUUCCUUCACAACACGGUUUAAUACAACUGUGUGGUGUUUUAGGCAGGCAGUUAGCAGAAUGCUAACUGGUGCAGUGAAAGCUUGCGCUACUUAGCAACAUUAGCUUCAUAGCUCCAGUGCAAAACUAAAGAAGCCACCAAACAUGUGGUGUGUGAUCAUUUGGAGUGAGGUUAAAGUGAGGAUCUACCUGUGGGAAAGCCAUGCACUGACUUAGCUAGGCUUUUUUUUUCUUUAAAGAUGAAUAUAAGUCUGAAAUCAGUGCAUUCACCACGCGCAACGAAGACAAUGCAACUUUCACGUCAAUGCAAUCCACUCUGGGCAGCUGCUUCUAAAGCGUUAUACUGUGUAUAUGUCCUUAUAAACAGAGGCUUUAAUCUGUCGCAUUUCAACCACAGAGCAUAUUAUCGGUGAACUGAUCGAUGCGAUUAGUGUAAAAAUGAAGUGUAAGUAGCUGAAGUGUUUCAGCUGCUUACGAGCAGAUAUAUUUGUAAUGUGCUUUUAUUCACAAUCAGCUUUCAUGCAGACAGAAACUGAAUUGUGAUAACCAAUCCAACAUUUCAUUUUUAGCAUAUUUUAUGUGAAUGUUAAAGGGGAAUAUCAUUGUCUUGUCAACAUUUCUGCAUAAAUCAGCAGUAGCAAUGUGCCUGCUGUCGUUCAGAGUGGACUGAUUUGAAGUAUAGCGAAAUGCUCACUGUAGAGAAAUUUGCUGACUCUGAUUUCUUUACAGUGGUGGUGAUAGGAACCAGGGGUUUGUAGCCAUUUUUAUACACUAUCCUAUACGGCCACUGAGCUUACACAUGUCUUCUGAGCUUUUAUAAGUAACGCUGAUGAUGGGAAAAGAGUAGUAAACAUAAAAAAGUUUUCUUUAGAGGCAGAUGCCUGGUUCCUAUCACCACCACUGUAACACCACAGUUCUGGUGCAUUUCACAUCACUCUAAAUGACCUUUUAUGAAAAAUCAGGGCCCAAGAUCAGUACUAAAGUGAACGUGGAA